AGAUACGGGCGCGCGCGCGGCCUGGGGGCGGGGCCGGGGCCGGGCCGAGCGGAGCCGAACCGAGCCGAACUGAGCCGAGCCGCUGGCGGUAACGGUCCCCCCUCGGCGUGAAGGGGUCGGCGGGCGGCCCGCCGGGUGUCCGGGGCUGGGCUGCGCCGCCGUGAGGAGCGGCUCCCCGGACCCAUUGCUGAGGUGGACCAACAGAUGGAACAUUCCACUCAGAAGGACACAACUGUUCUUACAAGGUAAUUUGCUGUGGUUAGACUGAAGUCUGCACAAGAAGGCUCGCAACCAGCAGUGACCAGGAACGCUGGGAACUCCUGAAUGAUCAAUUGAGGCCUUGAAGGGAAAACGUUGAGACUACAUUUCACUGCCAGUUCUGUUAAGCAGCUAUGGAAAUAGAAAAGCAGCAUGUUUACGUUAGCACAGUAGAAGUCGAGAAUCUAAGUGAUGCUCUGUUUUCCGGUGAUGAAGAAAAUGGUGGGUGUGAGGAACGAAGGACUGAAAUCAACGGAAACUGGAUUCCUGCAACUUCAAUUACUGAAGCCAAAAUAAAUGCUAAAGCAAAGAGGCGAUUGAGGAAGAAUUCUUCUAGAGAUUCUGGGAGAGGAGACUCUGUUAGUGAGAACGGAGAGACGCAGAAGGCUGGGGUGGUUGUACCAACAAGCCCAAAGGGGAAAAUCCUGGACAGGCGCUCCCGGUCUGGGAAAGGAAGAGGUCUUCCAAAGAAAGGUGGAGCAGGUGGUAAAGGAGUCUGGGGAACACCAGGUCAAGUGUAUGAUGUGGAAGAAGUAGAUAUUAAGGAUCCUAAUUAUGAUGAUGACCAGGAGAAUUGUGUCUAUGAAACAGUAGUUUUACCUCUGGAUGAAAGAGCAUUUGAAAAAACUUUAACACCGAUCAUACAGGAAUAUUUUGAACAUGGAGAUACUAACGAGGUUUCGGAAAUGCUGAAGGAUUUAAACCUUGGUGAAAUGAAAUACAGUGUGCCAGUGCUGGCUGUUUCCUUGGCAUUAGAGGGGAAGGCUAGUCACAGGGAGAUGACAUCUAAGCUUAUCUCCGACCUUUGCGGGACAGUAGUAAGCAAAACUGAUGUGGAAAAAUCAUUUGAUAGACUGCUUAAAGAUCUACCUGAAUUGGUGUUGGAUUCUCCCAGGGCACCACAGUUGGUGGGCCAGUUUAUUGCUAGAGCUGUUGGAGAUGGGAUUUUGAGCAGUACUUACAUAGAUGGCUACAAAGGCACCGUGGAUUGCAUCCAAGCUCGAGCUGCACUGGACAGAGCUACUGUGUUGCUGAGCGUGACAAAGGGUGGAAAGCGUAUAGACAACGUGUGGGGCUCAGGAGGUGGCCAGCAGUCUGUGAAACACCUUGUUAAAGAGAUUGAUAUGCUGCUGAAAGAGUACUUGCUUUCUGGAGACCUGCUAGAAGCUGAACGUUGCCUUCAGGAACUGGAAGUGCCCCAUUUUCACCAUGAGCUUGUAUAUGAAGCAAUCGUGAUGGUUUUGGAGUCAACUGGAGAAAAGACCUUUAAAAUGAUGCUGGAUUUGCUGAAAUCUCUCUCGAGGUCUUCUGUCAUUACUAUGGACCAAAUGAAAAGAGGCUAUGAACGAGUUUACUGUGAAAUACCAGAUAUUAACCUGGACGUGCCACACUCCUAUUCUGUGCUUGAGCGGUUUGUAGAGGAAUGCUUUCAGGCUGGAAUAAUCUCCAAACCACUGAGAGACCUCUGUCCUUCAAGGGGCAGGAAGCGUUUUGUGAGUGAAGGGGAUGGAGGCCGGCUUAAGCUAGAAAGCUACUGAAUGUUGGAACCAACUCCUGAAGCCUUAGAAGUUGAAAGG